AUGGCGCACUUAGGCUAUCGCUGCGGCAAGCUUGGAAGCGAGUUGACUACUUUCGUGGAAUUUAUGACGGCUCCUGCUACUAAGAUUCUAGACAAAUGGUUCGAGUCGGAUGUUCUGAAGGCCACGCUGGCUACUGACGCCAUUAUCGGCGCAAAGGUUUCUCCUUCAACUCCUGGAUCAGCUUACAUUCUCUUCCACCACGUCAUGGGAGAAGUGAACGGUAUCAAGGGCGCUUGGGGGCAUGUAAAAGGCGGAAUGGGUGGGGUUUCCGUAGCUAUCGCGAAAGCUGCAACUGAAGCGGGCGCCGAGAUUCAUGUGAGCAGCCCUGUCAAGUCCAUUAGUGUGCAAGAUGGAAAAGCUCGAGGUGUUUGUCUAGAAAGUGGAGACGUGGUCGAAUCGGACUGUAUUCUAUCGAACGCGAGUCCUGCCACGACCAUGCUUGAUCUACUUGAUCCAAGAGACUUACCAGAGGAUGUUGUCACGCAUUUUAAGCGAAACUGGAACAGCAAGUCAGCUUCAACGAAGAUCAACAUUGAAGAUGCAUAUUUGGACGCCCAACGUGGAAUUUGUUCGAAAAGGCCUGUUAUCGAGAUGAAUAUCCCGACAUCAUUGGACCCAACGAUUGCUCCACCAGGAAAGCACAUCGCUCUAUUGUUCGUGCAGUACACGCCGUACGAACCAAAGGAUGGAAAGUGGAGUGAGCCAGGGAAAAAGGAGCGUUUCGCGAGCCAAGUUUUCUCGGUAAUCGACGAGUAUGCGCCAGGCUUCACGAAUUCGAUAAUCGACUAUGAGAUGCUCACGCCGCCAGAUCUUGAGCGAGUAUUCUCGCUUCCGAGAGGAAACAUUUUUCACGGAGCCAUGGGCUUGGACCAGCUCUUCUGGAUGAGACCGAUGCCUGGCAAUUCGAGCUACCGAUCCCCGAUCGACGGUUUGUACUUUUGCUCAGCAGGCACGCACCCUGGCGGCGGUGUUAUGGGAGCGUGCGGGCGUAAUGCAGCUAUGUAG